GGACUCUUAGUUUGAAGCUCAUGUAUGUUGUUGCUGGCUUUCCGCGUCGAGCUGCUGCACCGGGAACAUGUCUCGAGUUUACGUGGGGAAAUUGAGCUAUCGCGCCAGAGAGAAAGACGUCGAGAGGUUUUUUAAAGGCUACGGGAAGAUACUGGAAGUGGACCUGAAAAACGGAUAUGGCUUUGUGGAGUUCGAUGACCCCCGUGAUGCAGAUGAUGCUGUGUGCGAUCUGAACGGCAAAGACCUUUGUGGGAAGCGAGUGAUCGUGGAGCACACCAUAGGACAGCGGCGUGAUGGUGGCACUGGCAGCAGAUCUGGAAGAAGUAGUCAGUAUAGGCGUGGAGGAGGAGACCGGUACGGCCCACCCACUCGCACAGAUUACAGGCUGAUUGUGGAAAAUCUCUCCAGUCGCUGCAGCUGGCAGGACCUGAAGGACUACAUGCGUCAGGCUGGCGAGGUGACUUAUGCCGACACUAACAAGGGCCGCAAGAAUGAGGGGGUCAUUGAGUUCAGGCAGUACUCGGACAUGAAAAGAGCCCUGGAGAAACUGGACGGUACUGAGGUCAAUGGAAGGAAGAUCCGGCUCAUCGAGGACCGGCCUGGUGCCAGACGCCGCCGCUCCUACUCUCGCAGCGCCUCCAGGUCUCGCUCCAGGAGCAGGAGGUCUCGCAGGAGCCGAAGCCACAGCCGAACCAGUAGCCGCUCCAGAGCCUCAGGCUCGAGAUCACGCAGCAGGUCAACCAGCAAGAAGACGAAGGGCAGGAGCAGUAGGAUGGAGGAGAGCAGUAAUGGAGCUCGCAGGGGAGGUGAAAGCGCCAGGGAUAAUAGCACGAGCUGCAGCCCUCCGAGCAAAAAGGGCAAACGGGAAAACAAGAGAGAUCGCUCCUAUUCUCGAUCCAGAUCCAGAUCUCGAUCCAAAUCGGGAAACGACAGGGAUCUCUCCAGAGAGUCUGGGUCCAGAUCUCAGGAGGCAACCAAGAGCGUCGAUGAAGGCCGUGUGGCUGAAAGGGCGCAUUGCUCUAGAGCUCAUUCUCGGUCCAGAUCACAAACGCCACCAGAUUCUGAUCUGCGGAGGGAAUCCAGAUCCAAAUCCAAAUCUCGCUCACAUUCACGCUCGCGAUCUUAUUCCCGGUCUCGAUCUCGCUCAAGGUCUCGGUCCUAGGUUAAAAAAAAA